AUGUGUAGCUACAUCGGUUGCUUUUGCCCCGUGUGCGAAAAGCGCUUGCAAACACUGAGGGUGCCCUGUGAAAAGGGUAAAAAGGGCGAACAGUGUGGCGAGUUUACGGAGGCAAGAGACUACGUAGAGGAAGAGCCGUGCGAAAAGUGCUUCAAGAGAUCUCAACCUACCCUUACGAACAAGGCAAAGAACAUGGCCCGAAGGUUGACCGGCGGUUCUUCGUCAUCCAAGAACGCCCGCAAAGCCCACACUCCGAUCAAUGAGUAA